AUGCGUAAAAAGAUUUUGGUGCUCGAUUUGGAUGAAACGCUCAUCCAUUCCCAUCAUGACGGUGUUAUCCGUCCGAUGGUCAAACCAGGCACCCCUUCUGACUUCACGAUAAAGGUAGUUAUCGAUCGACAUCCUGUGCGAUUUUCCGUGCAUGCACGUCCUCAUGUUGAUUACUUCCUUUCUGUUGUUAGUCAGUGGUUUGAUUUGGUAGUUUUCACUGCUAGUAUGGAGGUAUAUGGAACACAUGUUGCUGAUAAACUCGAUAAUGGGCGAGGGAUUCUGAACAGGAGGUAUUUCCGUCAGCACUGUACGAUGGAUUAUGGAGGAUACACGAAGGAUCUUAGCGCUAUUCACCAAGAUCUGUCGUCAAUUUUUAUUUUAGACAAUUCUCCCAGGAGCUUACAGAAAGUUUCCUCAAUGAUCACGUGGUAUCAAGAAGUUGCCAUUGCAGAAAAUGCUAUUCCGAUUCCAUCUUGGUUUUCGGAUCCAUCGGACACGUGUUUACUGAACUUAUUACCAUUCCUCGAUGCGCUACGGUUUACAUCAGAUGUGCGAAGUAUUUUGAGUCGAAAUCAACAGAGUUUCAAUCAAGUGUGGUGA